AAAUUUGUUUACAUUUGUGAAAAACUGUGCGCAGUGACGGUAUUUCAUAAUGUUAACGAUAAUAUUAUUUACAUCAACUUUGUUGGUGGUUUUAUAUCUUUACUUUACAAGGAAUUUCAACUAUUGGAAAGAGAGAAAUGUUGUGGGACCAAAACCGGUCGUAUUUUUUGGCAACAUCAUGGAAUCUGUGAUACGACGAAAGCACUUGCUUAUGAUCUAUAAAGAUAUAUAUGAAGCAUAUCCAGAAGAGAAGGUCGUUGGAAUUUAUAGAAUGACGACGCCUUGCCUCUUCCUGCGCGACUUGGAUGUUAUAAAGCAUGUUAUGAUUAAGGAUUUUGAAUUAUUUACUGAUAGAGGAAUUGAAUUUAGUGAAGAAGGUUUGGGUCUUAAUAUCUUUCACGCCGAUGGUGAUAGAUGGAGGGCUCUGAGACAACGUUUUACACCUCUAUUCACGUUGGGUAAGCUUAAGAACAUGCUGUAUUUGAUGUCUGACAGAGGCGACAAGUUCAUCAAUAACGUUGAGAAGAUUUGUGAAAGUCAACCAGAGCAACAUAUCAUUCCCCUAGUUCGAAAGUUUACCAUGGCUUCAAUAACUGCUUGUGCCUUUGGUUUGGAUUUAAAUGAUGAAUUAUUUGAAGCUUUAGAAAAAAUGGAUAGUGUUAUCUUCAAUUCUAAUUAUGGAUUCGAAUUAGAUAUGAUGUAUCCUGGUAUUUUGAAAAAGAUUAAUGGAUCAAUCUUUGCUAAGUCGAUAGGUCCAUUUUUUGACAAUCUAACAAAAAAUGUCAUCCAACAGAGAGGUGGAAUACCAUCGAAUAAGAAGGAUUUCAUGGAUUUAAUUCUAGAAUUAAGGCAAAAGAAGUCGAUUGAAGCGAUUAAGAAACAUGACGAUGCAGGUGUGACGGCUCUUGAACUGACCGACAGUGUGAUCGCUGCGCAGACAUUUGUAUUCUAUGCAGCUGGAUAUGAAACCAGUGCUUCGACUAUGGCUUACAUGAUGUAUGAAUUGGCAAAGAAUCCUGAGAUACAAGACAAAGUUGUUGAAGAAAUCAACAAAGUACUUUUACGUCACAACGGUGUUAUAACAAGUGACACUUUACAUGAUAUGACAUAUCUCAUUCAAGUCUUUCAUGAAACAUUAAGAAAAUAUCCGGUAGCAGAUCUUUUGAAUCGUAAUGUUAAAGCUGAUUAUCCAGUUCCUGGCACUAAUGUUACUCUCAAGAAAGGACAAACCGUAAUUAUGUCCGGUUUUGGUAUUCAUCAUGAUCCUAAGUAUUAUCCAGAUCCGGAAAAAUUUGAUCCUGAACGCUUCAGUCCUGAGAAUGUGAAAAAUAGGCAUCCAUGUGCGUUUUUACCCUUCGGUGCUGGUCCCAGAAAUUGCAUAGGUAACCGGUUUGCUAAAUGGCAGGUGCAAGUUUGCAUCAUCAAGUUCCUGUCGAAGUUCCGACUGGAGCCGUCUUCAAAAACUAUGGCCGAAUUCAAAUACGGUCCUAAACGACUCUUUGUUUAUCCCGAAUCUGGAAUUUACUUGAAUAUUUUACCAAGGAAUUAAUGAUCAUGAAACAACGAAAACAAUUGACGUCCGCAACCGAGACAUGUAGACAGAAAUAAUAAUUUGUGAUAGUGUGCUGAUAGUCCUACUAGUAUAUAACUUAAUAUAUAAUAAGCAAGUAAAUAAUAAGAUACGA